AUGGCUGAUCAAGAAGUUUUGGUUUUAAGAGGUACCCUUGAGGGUCACAAUGGAUGGGUCACUUCGUUGGCCACCACCCCAGCUCACCCAGAUUUGUUACUUUCUGGUUCCAGAGACAAGACUUUGAUCACCUGGAAAUUGACCGGUGGUGAAGACAACCAAUACGGUGUGCCAAAGAAAUCUUUCAGAGGCCACUCUCACAUUGUUCAAGAUGUCACCAUCUCUGCUGACGGUGCUUACGCUUUGUCUGCUUCUUGGGAUAAGACCUUGAGAUUGUGGGAUUUGGAAUCUGGUGAAUGUACCAAGAGAUUCGUGGGCCACACUGGAGAUGUGUUGUCUGUUUCCAUCGCCAAGAACUUGAGACAGAUUGUUUCUGCUUCUCGUGACAAGACCGUCAAGGUUUGGAACACCAUUGGUGAAUGUAUGCAAACUUUGACUUCCCACUCCGACUGGGUUUCUGCUGUUAGAUUCUCCCCAUCUGACAAGACCAACACUGUUAUCUCUGCUUCUUGGGAUAAGACUGUUAAGGUAAGUUUUUUUUUGUUUCUCUCUUCUUCACAUGAUGCUAUCAUAUUUGCUACUUCAGACGGCUUCGGCUGA